AUGUUUAGAGCUAACCUCCAUUUACAUCCACAUCCAAACUCUCAAUCGAAGCUUGUGUCAGUACCUCCGGGCGCUUUUCCAACCUUUACAAAUAUCACCAAUAAUGGCACGGACUUCUCCCGUACAAUCAUUCUGACGCCAGAAACACCCAUCCAACCUAUCGGUAGGAGUAGCAGAAACACCUCAAAGGGUUUGGUAGCCGACCGGAACAAUGGUUUCUUUGAGUCAGCUGUGAUGAGCCGAUCGCAUGCUGAAGUCCGGCUUAUUUUGGAGCCAGAACGGAAGAUAAUAAUCAAAGACACCAAGUCUAUGCAUGGUACUUUUGUGAACGGAUUACAACUCGUUGAAGAAGAAACUGCAGAGUUACGACAAGGUACUGAAGUCACUUUUGGCUGUGAAGUUACAAGAGGCGAAGAGGUUUUCCCCCCGAAAACAUUUCGUUGUGAUAUUGUGUGGGAAGAUAUGACUCCACCAAAGGCGCCCGAGACUUCAGCAGUGUUGGGCUUGGCCGAAACGGGCAAGAUCCGUGGUUAUGGAGUAACUGCGGAGGAUCUCACUUAUCACUCAGGAGAAGACUUCGAAGAUGAAGAAGGUGGAGAGGAAGACGAGGAGGAAGAGGACGAUGAGGAUGCAGAAAUGUCCUAUCUAGAUCUCCCGCCCUCUGAUGAAGACAAGGCUUCUUCUUUCUUUGGUGAAUCUUCUUCGCCCAGUUCUACAACUGGCUCACCCAUAACACAAACCAUAAAGCCUGCAUAUGUUGGAGCAUCCACCUCAAAGGCACCUUACUACGCAGAUGAAGAUAUCCCAGUUAGCCAUGAGCGGAGCACAAAGGAUAUGUCAGUUGAUGCCUUGACAAAAGAUUCGGAGCGUGAGGAACAACUGAAGAGGAAAAUCGAGGAGAUGACAUCUAGGAAAGAGAAUGUCCCCGAACCCAAUUACGAUUUUGCUGGAAUGCGAACAACUACCGGCCAAAGGGUUUCAAUUGGAAGUUUAAUGAACAAAACUGCGGACUCUAAUGCUCAUUACCAGGGCGAAAAGGACGGAAAUUCUGUCGAAAUUAUUCCGAAGGAGACAUUUCUAGCCACAACCAAGUCUAAGGUUUCAUCUGAAUCAAAAUCUAAGAAACCUAUUAUCAUCGAAGAUGAUGACGUAGAGAUGUUUUAUGAGGAAGAUGAAUUGCACCUUAUCGAUACCAAAGAUGGUGCUGAACAGGACGAGGAUGAAGAUGAUGAAGAUGAGCAGAUGUCUUCUGAGGAAGAGGAAGAGAGAGAUGAGGAGGAGGAGGAAGAGGACGAAGAUGAGGAGGAGGAGGAAGAGGAGGAGGAGGAGGAAGGAGAAGAAAACGAUAACGGUGAAGGCGAAGCAAAAAAGAGAGAGUCUUAUCUUUGGCCGCCGAACUUUUAUCCAGGUAUCGACGCACGAUCUCAUGUAGAACCAAGGCCUAUGACCCCCCCAACUAUUGCGACAGCUUGUAAGACUUCGGCUGCCCCUCUCGAUCCACUUCUGGCACCAAUUCCCUCGAAACCGAGCUUCCGAUCGCCUAUUGAUGAGUUAACUCACGCUGCCGCCGCUGCUGCUGCAAUGCAGGCACCUACACCGCCCUCAAUAGCUAAACUCCCGCCGCUAUCAAAAAUCCACACUGAGACUAUAAUUAAAAAGACUCCUUCUGGGGCUUCCCAUAUUCAUUGGUUAGGGGACAAUAAGACACCAACCCAGGGACCCUUCCCUCAUUUCCCCGAUAUGGCACUUUGUAACAUGGAACGCAAGAAGGAGUACUUUGAAGCAAGAGAAAUCAACGGUACUCGGAUAAGAGAUACACGAACCACAAAUGAGAUUCACGCUAUCUAUUCCCAAACCCUUCGCUCGGGGUCGAAGUCACCUGCACAGCCAUACAUUGUUGAUGGUGUUCCAUGGGUACAUGGUUCAAAGAGCAAUGAAACACCAGAGGAAGCGGCAUGUUUGUUCCCGGUAACUUCGGAUUCUGACAAAUACAAUUCGAUCAAGGGUAUGGCCGAUGAGGCCAUGCCAUCUCCACCGGCAACCGUAACUUCUCAGGCAAAGAAACUCUCAGAAGACGCCGUGCCAAUUGUUGAGAAAAACAAGGAGGCUUUUGAAACCAGGUUUCCAAAUUGGUGGCCGCAGUGCGAAGUGGCUUUCGACAAUGAAGAAAACUCUGAAGUGCGCUGGGAUGAUGAAGAGAUUGUGAAUGACCAAGAUGGGGAGUAUGAUGAAGAGGAAGACAACAUGGAACAAGGCCCGGAAACUGUGGCCGAAGAUGGUUUGGAAGAAUCAAAUUUUGAAGAUGAAUUUGAUGAGGAAUACGAGGAUGACAUUGAGUCCGAGUUUGAAGAGGAACAGCAGGAUGAUGAUAUUCGCACAGAUUUGAGCGAGUAUGGAGGUUCACACACACAGGCUCCGGCCAUGUUUCAAAAGACGUUCAAUAUUGCUUCGUCCUCUGUCACAUCUUCCGAUAAUUCGGGUUUUGGAAGGACAAGUGCAUCCGAGGCUGGCAAGGGAGAUUUUACCAAAUCUCGUGGUUUCUCUAUAAGCAAUCUUGUAAACGAGAAUACUGUCACCCCAAGACCUCAAUUGGCAGCGACUGCAAAUAUUUCAUCUCCUCAAAUCAGGAAAGAGAAUUCUAUGGCUGAUCUUCUUAACCCUACUUCACCGGCAGCGGGAUCGAAGCGUAAGCAUGAAGAUAUCUCUAGCAUGGCCCAGGAGGAGCUGCAAGAGAUGGGUUUUCUUGCUGGCGGCAACACCGGUACUCAUAACCUUGAUGAGACCGAUGAUGAUCUUGAGCACCAGAAAGAGAACAAAGAAGAGGGAUGGAAGAAGACACUUAUUCCAUCUACUAACCCUACAGAGAACGGUGAUCCAUCGAAGAAAGCUCCUACCGUAACAGCGAAUACCGCAGUGCAGGUCUCUGCGGCCGAUAUUAAAAUGGCAGGAGCGGGAGGUGAAGUUGAUGCCGAGCCUCCUAGGAAGAGGGCGAAGACAGCUAGUAGCGGUCGCCAAAUUGCGAAAUUUGCUGCAACUGCUCUGGUCGGCGCUAUCCUUGGGAGUGUUGGCAUGUUUGCGGCCUUGGUUGCGACUGCCCCUGUGGACCUUUGA